AUGGGUAGGACUAAACGUAUGAGAAGAAAUAAACUUUUAAAAGUUCAAAGUUCGCAUGACUGUUCGGAUAUUAUCAAUUUACAAAAGUCAAUAAAACUUAAAUGUAAACAUUUAAAAAUAGGUUUUUUUAAUGAUACAGGACGAGGAGUGAAAUGUAGAAAAAAAUUAGAAAAAGGAGAUUUACUCAUCGCCCUACCCCUUAAUUUAUUAAUCACUCCGACUUCACAAAGUGAUGCGUAUAAAUUUUUAAAUGAUGAAAAUAUCGUUGAUCCUCAAUUGCGUUUGAGUAUUUUUUUAAUGUAUGAAAAUCAUUUGAAAAAUGAUUCAAAAUAUUUUAAUUACAUACAAACGUUACCGCAAUCAUAUAGCAAUGUUUAUUUUUGUACAGACUCUGAAAUUCAAUUGUUACCGGACUUGAUAAAAAAACUAGUUGUUACACAAAAAACUGAUCUUGAAUUUUUAUUUGAAAAACUUCAAAAUAAUUUAAAUGAUGAAAUUUGUUCUCACUGCGAUAAAUCCAUUAAAAAAUUAUACAAUCGAUAUGAAUUUAUUUGGGCUUGGUUUACAGUUAACACAAGAUCUGUUUAUUAUGAAGAUAAAUCAAUGAGAAAAAAAUCAUUAGCAUUAGCUCCAUUCUUAGACAUGUUUAAUCACUCGAGUGAUGCCAAUACUAAAAUGUACAUUGAUUUCGACAAUGAAUUAUACAUAUUAAAAACAUUAAAUUCAUUUAGAAAACAUCAACAGAUUUUCAUUAAAUAUGGACCACAUUCAAAUUUAAAAUUAUUAAUCGAAUAUGGUUUUAUAAUCCCUUGUAAUCAUUAUGAUUUCAUCGAAUUCAGUUUCGAUGAUGUGAUUACAAGUGCUCGAGAAAUCAAUUCUGAAUUUGGUAAUUUAUCAAAAUUAAAAUGGAACCUGUUGCAAAAAAAUCAUUUAAAUAAAAAUUUGUUAAUAAAUCUCGAUGGAUUUUCUUGGAAUUUUAAUUCUUUACUUUAUCUUAUUGUAACUCGCGACGUCGACGUUUCCCUCAUAAAAUCAAAAAUUUAUUCAAAUGAAUUAAAUCCUGCUGAAUUUACCUCCAAAAAAUCAAUUGAAUUCUUAUCAGCUCUUGAUAAAAUGAAUGUUUUAAAUGAUACUACGAUAAGUUAUGAAACGGUUAAACAAUUAUUAAAAAUAUAUAUAAAUUUAUUACAAAAAAUUUAA